AGCGCCCCCUCCUCGUUGCACUUCSUACCGUACGGUACGGUUCGGUACAAACAAAGAACCGAAGGGUAGUUCCGUCCGACCCGGUCUGCUCCCACCAUUCCCUGUUUCCGUUUCGAUUUCGAUACCCGUACGGUUCGCACCUUGCCCAUCACCGCGGAAAGCACUCCACAAGAAAGGCAACAACAGCACGCAAUGACACGAUACAGCUGCGGACUCGUCUGCGCCCUGGCGAUGGUGACACCGGACGUCGCAUCCUGCUUCGCGCCGCAACCCGCRUCGCUCUCGAGACCCACGGCGAUGGUUGCCGGAACGACCCUGUUUGCGGAAGGAGAAAGCGAGAGCGAGGGCCAGUUCAACUGGCUGGAAGAAUGGGCCAUGCAGGGGAAGGACGCCGUGGCCCUCAUGAAGGUCCAGGAGCGGACCCAGCGCGUCAUGCUGGCGCAGAUGACGGAGGACCGCAUCUACGAGAUCACCAAGCUCCUGGACGCGAUGGUGGACGAGGCCACGGGCGAAAUUUCCGAGUCCGACCUGCCCAAGGCCAAGGAACUGGCGGUCCAGACGCGGAACCUGCAAAAAGAAUACAAGGACCUGGUCACCGGGGAACCGUCGACGCUGCUGGACACCUUUCAGAACCUGAAGCUCGGCGAGGAGGACGAAUGAGAGAGAGAACGAUACACAGAAUAUGUCCGCUUUCAACCGCUCGCAUCGGUACCGCAACCGUUGUGCGCACCAAUCAACCAUUGCACAUCGGGAGGUGACCGCAACAAAUACGAUUGCCUUCCAGCUUCCUUUGACAUCAGGCCAAGCACUAUUGAUUCCUCGGUGUGAAUAAUGGAAAGAGUUCUUG